AUGCGAUCCGGUCGAAUGUUUCUGAAGCAGAGUGCGGUAUUCGUGACAGGAGCACGAACACCUUUUGUAAAGUCAUUUGGAUCCCUAAUGAGACUUGACAACGUGCAACUGGGUGCUGCUGCUGUUGGAGGGCUUCUGAAGAAGACAAAGUUGGACCCAAAUCAUGUGGACCACAUCGUUUGGGGCAACGUUGUUCUGCAGCUUGAUGCCCACAACUGUGCGCGAGAAAUCGCCAUUGAGUUAAACCUCCCCAAGCAUAUCACUGGCCACCUGACCAGCAUGGCAUGUGCAAGUGGUCUGAAUGCCAUGACGCAAGCAGUGAUGAUGAUUGAAAGUGGCCACGCUGACGUCGUGAUCGCCGGAGGAAGUGACAGCAUGAGCAAUGGACGGUUGGUGGCACCCGCAUCUCUCUCUUACGGAUUGGCCAGACUCACCAUGGGGAAAAAGAAGGGUUUGGCUGCGCUUCCCAUGUUCUUUAAAGAGGCUGGAUACAACCCAUUGGCGUGGCUACCACGCCCCAUGGCGUUGGAGGAGCGGAGCACAGGCAAGACAAUGGGAUGGCAUGGUGACAUCAUCGGCGAGCUUAACCAAAUUGCACGUGCAGAUCAGGAAGAACUUGCAAUCAAGUCACACAAGAAUGCAAGUGAGGCAUUGAAAAAAGGCUACAUGAAAGACGAGGUUGUCUCAGUCACCGUGGACAAGAAGGGCCAGUCUAUGGAAGUGACUAGGGAUGAAUAUAUCCAGUCAGAUGUGGAGAAAAUGAAGCAAAAACUGCCAACACUGAAGCCAGCGUUCCGCAAACCGAAUGGCACCAUCACCGCAGGAACAUCAAGCGGCCUGACCGAUGGUGGGAGUGCCAUGCUAUUGAUGUCUGAGGCGAAGGCGAAACAGCUGGGAUACCCCACCGAUGUAAAGAUUAAGAGCUGGCACUACUCUGCUAUUGAUCCGUACCCACAGUUGCUGCUUGCACCUGUACUUGGGUGGGGUCCUGCUCUCAAGCGUGCAGGCCUCACGACGAAGGAUAUCGACCUCUUCGAGAUUCAUGAGGCGUUUGCUGCACAGGUGCUUGCUACCAUUAAAUGCCUGGGCUCUCAAGAGUUCUUUGAGAAGUACGCGGGGACAAAAGAAGUGACUCUGAAAGAGGAGUUCGAUUUCUCCAAGCUCAAUGUCAAUGGAAGCUCAUUGGCGCUUGGCCAUCCUUUCGCAGCAACUGGAGGUCGGAUUGCGACAUCGCUGGCGAAUGAGCUGCGCCGUUCGGGCAAGCGUCACGGGCUCAUCAGCAUAUGCGCUGCUGGUGGGUUGGGAGGCGUUGCCAUCUUGGAGCAUACACCCAAGGCCAAGUAG